AUGUUAUUAUCGUUUGUUAAAGCAAUUGCUAUGUAUUGUAUAGAUCUUCGUAUUGAUAAUCUUAAUUGGAUGAUUGCAGCUGAUAUACGUCGAUUACUUUCAAAAUUUCGUUUCUUAGUUUGUUUUCAUACAGGAAAUGUUGCAUUAUCAAAAAGUACAUUAAUUAAUGAUAUUAAAAUACUUUUUCCUUUUAUAAAAUAUAUUACUUUAUUAAUAUCACUUGAUAGUUCGAAGAUAUCAUAUGUAUCUACUCGUCAAUGUUCAAUGAUUGAUGAUACAUUUCAAGAGAUAUGUGCAUCAUUAAAUGAGAUUAAUCAACUUGAACAUAUAUCAUUAGUAUUGCAAGAUAAAAAAGGUACGAAAAUAAUUGAUCCAACGAAAAAAAUAUAUUUGUCUGAUUCUCUUUUAGGAGCUUGCCUUUCUAAUGCAGGUGCUCAAAUAUAUUUUUCUUUAGUAUGUGAAUAUAUAUCUAACAUGACAAAUCAUUAUAAACUUAUAUCAAUUGAAGAAAAUGGAUAUGACAUUGACAAUCGAUUUUUUUCGUUGGAAACUACAAAGGUACUAUCGUCGGAAUCAAUAAAUUUAUCUUUAAUAUCGACAUUAAAUCAUUUAAUAGUUUCUUUUCGAUCGAUGCCAAGUGUAAAUUUAACAUUGAAUAUAAAAGAUUCGAUGAUAAAUAAAUUACAACUUCAAACUUUAGUAUUACCAUGUGUACCAUCGACAUUAAAUUCAAUCGAUAUUAUUGAUCUUAGUCAAUUGAAAAUACUUGAUAUUGGUUAUGUAACUGUAAAUGAUCGAAUAGAAUUGACACGACUCGAUGAAAUGCUUAUUUGUCAUCGUCAAAAUUCUCUUCGAAAUUUAACUAUUAGUUUAAAUAAAUGGCAAUCAGCAAAGCUUGUUGUGGUAUGGAAAAAAGAAGAUAAGAGUAAACAAAUAACAACAACAAGCGGACAAUUUAGUUCUGUGUUUGAAAAUUGUUUUAAUCAAAUUACGACAUCAGAUGAAGAAGAAGAAGAAACGGAAAAACCGAUUUUGUUAGAUUCAUCCCCAGAUGUCGAACAGGUUAGCUUUUUCAUCAGUUGUGCAUUAGAUCUAUCUGGAUUAGAGAUGUGCAAGACUAACAAGGGAACCGUUCGAAGUGAUUCAAAGCUUUUAAGCCGAUAUUUUGCCCAUAAGUAG